UCAGUGUACAACAUGGACCAAACGGCCGUCUAUGGGGACAUGAAUGGACAUACCACGAUUGACUUUGUGGGCGCGCAAACGGUGGACGUUGUGCAAGGUAUGCCCGGCGGGCCUGUCUCCCAAGAGGUCUUCAACCCUGCUUUUCGGGCAGCGACAGUCGAGCAUACCGUGCAGAAGAACGGGUACUGCGAUGCCAUGGUCAUGUUGGACUGGAUUGAAAGGGUACGUGUUUUGGUAUGA